UAUAACUAUCCUGAAUGAAAGAGAUACAUUCUAAACAAUACAUGCCAUAUGAUUGUAUUUACAUAAAUCGCUAGAAAAAUGCAAACUAAUCUAUGUUGACAGAAAGGAGAUCAGAAGUGCAGAGACAGAAGGGAGUGAUGAAAAAGUACAUGAGAGAGAGCUCUGUGAAGCGCCUCAGAUCCGCUUCUGUCGUUUCGUCAGACCCCAGCAGCCAAAAUGGUGAAGCAGGUCAAGAGCAAGUAUGCUUUUCAGGAAUCCUUGAACAGUGCAGGAGAUAAACUGGUAGUAGUCGACUUCUCAACUACAUGGUGUGGGCUUUGCAAAAUGAUCAAGCCUUUCUUUCAUUCUCUCUCUGAAAACUAUUCCACAGUGGUGUUCCUUAAAGUAGAUGUCUAUGACUAUCAGGACGUUACUUCAGAGUGUGAAGUCAAAUGCAUGCCAGCCUUCCAGUUUUUUAAAAAGGGGCAAAAGGUGGAUGAAUUUUCUGGAGCUAAUAAGGAAAAACAUGAAGCCACCAUUAAUGAAUUAAUCUGAUCAUGUUUUCUGAAGACAUGACCAGCCAUUGGCUAUUUAAAACUUGUAGUUUUUUAAAAAUUAUUAUUUACAAAAAGGAAAGAUCAAGUAUGAAAACUAUAUACCUGACUGCCAUCUGAUAAGUGACAAUAAAAUAUUAACUGUACCCUUAAAAAAAAAGUACAUGAGAAAAGUUUUAGGGGUCAUGUUUAUGUUCAGUGUUUUGAUUGUGUGCAGUGAUGGUUUCAUGAAUAUUUACAUAAGUCAAAACUAACAUGUAUUACUAAUCCUAUGUUACAGAUUAAAAAUUGAGGCCCACAGAAAUUACAUGAAUUACCCAAAGCCAUAGUUAGUAAGUACCAGAGCCAGGAUUUAUGAAGUUCCAGAAACUUUACCCUUUCUACUACAAUCCUGAUUCUACCAUGGAAAACUGAGAGUUCACUUCAAAUCUGUCUGUUCCUUGGACUUUAUGGCAUCAAAUUAAGUGAAGGGAAAAAAUGGUUUCUUUAAAUGUCUAUGACUCAUUCUUAAUGUAACCUUUCUACAGUAAUUA